CAAUUUUCUAAGGAUAUUUGUGGGAUUAUUUUAGGAAGGUUUGUGAGCCUGCGUGUGUACAGGGUGUCUGUCUCGCCGCUCAGCUGAUCCGGGUUUUGGUAGAGUCGCGUGCUUGGACCUCGAAAAAACUCCUCACCAUGAAUAUCAGAUGCGCCAAGCCAGAGGACCUGAUGCACAUGCAGCAUUGUAACCUCCUGUGUCUGCCAGAGAAUUACCAGAUGAAAUAUUACCUUUACCAUGGACUUUCUUGGCCACAGCUUUCCUAUGUUGCAGAGGAUGACAUGGGCCAGGUUGUUGGGUAUGUGCUAGCAAAGAUGGAAGAAGAGAGUGAAGAAGAUCCUCAUGGCCAUAUUACAUCUUUAGCUGUCCGAAGAAGUCACAGGCGCUUAGGGUUGGCACAGAAGUUGAUGGACCAGACAGCACGAGCAAUGGUAGAAUGUUUCAAUGCAAAAUAUGUUUCACUGCACGUGAGAAAAUCUAACAGAGCUGCCCUCAAUUUGUACACUAAUACACUGAAGUUCACAAUUUCAGAGAUCGAGCCAAAAUAUUAUGCUGAUGGUGAAGAUGCAUAUGCCAUGAAGAGGGACCUCUGCUCUUACGCUUUGCAAAAUGAUAUUACUCCAGCUGAUGCAAAGAAUACAUCACGGUAGAUAUAUAAGUACCAUUGGUGUUUUUCACAUCAAGCAUUGAAGUACAUGUCUGCUGAAUCUGAGCUGUCCAUGUUGACAGUCAUCCUCAACUUGUAUUACGUCAUGAGAAGACCCGUACAAUCCAUCAGGUCAAAUCAAAGAAAACAAACCUUUAUACUGAAAUACAUAUGUAAACUGUCUUAUAUAGCUUUUAUUUAGUCAUCUUACAGUGAAUUGUCAUUACUCUAGCUUAUAUAAUUUCAGGGUUGAUAUUUCUUAUAUGUUUUGUUGAUAGAUCAUUAAGUGAUAUAUGUUCAGUAUUUAUUUUAUUUUAUUUUUUUCAAAAUGUUUUCUAUUAUCAGAAAGAUCUUGCCAAAAGAAAUGUGUCACAGAAAUCUAGUCAUUUGAUUAGAUAAUUUUGGAGAAAAUAGUAUUCAUAAGAACCUUAAUUUUAGAAUGUUAAUGGGGAAGAUAUUUUCAUUGGAAGUUUUACUAUAUUUCAUGUUUAUGCAUGUAUUUCCUCCCCAUAAACUAUAAUAUACUGUCUUGUGUUGUGCACAAGAAAUAUAUUUGACUUAUUACAUGAUGGAUUCAAUAUUGUUAACUAACUGACAAUUGAUAUGUAAAAAAGAGCAAAGUUGCCAAUAAAUAAUUGGAAUUGUAAGAA